CGGAAUGAACUUCUUAUGCUUGCAAAGGAUAUCGUUACGCACAAUAUGAAGCACAACGCAGAAGUCGAUGCAUGUGAUCUGCUCAUCGAGAUUGAGCGACUUGAUCUUCUCAAGGAGUAUAUGGUAGAUGUGGAUCAUCAAAGGGUUUGCCCCUACUUGCUCAGUUGUGCACCACUGACUCCUGAUCCAGACAAUAUCAUCCUCAUUCGCACUGCGAAGGAUAUUUACUUGAAAUACCAACGUUAUUUGGAAGCUGUACGCUGUACCAUUAUGUUGAAUGAGCCAAGCGAGAUCAAGAAGAUUUUCGCCAUAACUAAAGAUUCACUGCUACAAAAGCAAAUGGCAAUCCUGCUUGGUCGUCAUCAGAUAUUCCUCGACUUCGAGAACAUUCCUAAUGGUGAACAACUUGGAGAGUUCAACUCAAAUGCUCAUCUUUACGAAUAUUUCCAUUCCCUCGCUCGAGAGCUUGACAUCAUGGAACCAAAAACGCCUGAAGGGAUCUACAAAAGUCAUCUGGAGCACAGUCGCCCUUUCGGACACCUCGCGGCUACCGAUUCUGCUAGAAUGAACCUAGCAGCUGCUUUUGUUAAUGGGUUCGUCAAUUGUGGUUUUGGUGUAGAUAAAAUGAUGGCAGAGAGUGAAGAUGCUAGCAAGUGGUUCUACAAGAAUAAGGAGUACGGCAUGUUGUCGGCAGCAGCAUCUCAAGGUCUCGUUUGGCGUUGGGAUAUUGACUCUGGUCUUGGACAGUGCGACAAGUUUUUGUAUGUAAACGAUGAUUUCAUCAAGGCUGGGACGUUAUUGGCUAUCGGUAUUAUUUCAUCUGGGAUACAAGAUGCAUGUGAUCCAGCCUCCGCACUUCUUCUUGACCAUGUACAUUCAGAAAGGGCAGUUAUUCGGGUUGGUUCGAUCCUGGGAUUAGGUUUGGCUUAUGCUAACUCUAAACGGGAAACUGUCGUGAAAAACGAGGAGGGUGGAGUAAUAUUUGAGCUCAAAAAGGUGCUGACGGACGCGAAACCGUCCGCAACAAAUGAAGUGAGGGGUUUGACUGGUCUUGCCCUUGGCCUUAUCAUGGUUGGAACAGCUGAUCAUACCGUAGCACUAGAGAUGCUGCAGACGCUGAUGGAACGGAGCGAGUCUGAACUCAGCGACCCAAAUAUACGUUUUUUAGCCCUCGGCAUUGGUUUAAUUUUCUUAAGUACCCAGGAAAAAAGUGAAGUGUUCGUUGAAUCUCUUCGUUCACUCCCAGAACCUUUUGGUUCAAUGUCCAUGUCUGUUGGUGAAAUAUAUCGGUUUAAAUCAUCUAAGGUGUCUACAUUGGUUGAUGUGUGUGCCUAUGCGGGAACGGGUAAUGUGCUGAAGGUACAGGAGUUCCUACAUCUGUGCUCUAAGCAUUAUGAAACGGAGGAUAAGAAAAAGAAGAAAGACGACAAAACUAAAAGAGAUACGAAAAGUGAGAAAGACAAGGACUCGAAGCCUGAUUUGUCCUCACAACAAGCAGUCGCUGUUCUUGGCAUUGCUCUGAUUUCAAUGGGUGAAGAUAUUGGUGCCCAGGCAAGUAAUCUGAUUUCAAUGUUUGGACACCUUAUUCGCUACGGCGAGGCAGUUAUUCGGCGAGCCGUUCCUCUGGCUCUUGCGUUGACCUCAGUCUCAAAUCCACAGUUGAAUAUUCUAGAAACGUUGAGCAAGUUCUCCCACGAUGCAGAUGGAGAUACUGCACGUAGUGCUAUAUUCGCUAUGGGUUUGGUUGGUGCUGGAACAAAUAAUUCUCGUCUGGUUACCAUGCUUCGAUCGUUGGCUGGCUACCAUCAUAAGGAUCAGGCAUCUUUGAUGGUAGUGCGAUUAUCUCAAGGGCUUACUCAUCUUGGGAAAGGAACAAUGACGCUGAAUCCAUGGCAUUCUGAUCGCCAACUGCUCUGUCCAAGUGCUAUUGCGGCACUGCUCACUAUUUGUUUCGCAUUUUUGGAUGCAAAUAAUUCGGUGCUAGGUAAUCGGCAGCAUUAUUUGCUAUAUAGUCUAGUGCUUGCUAUUCAACCUCGUAUGCUAGUUACGCUAUGUGAUGACGAGAAGAAACCUGGUCAUCUUAAGCAGAUUGGCGUCACGGUAAGAGUUGGGCAAGCGGUCGACACCGUGGCACAAGCUGGUAAGCCAAAAACGAUCACUGGAUUCCAGACGCACACUACCCCUAUCCUACUAGCCUAUGGUGAACGCGCUGAAUUAGCUAACGAAGAAUACAUUGCAAUGACUCCUUACUUGGAAGGCUUAGUGAUAUUAAAGAAAAAUCCUGAUUACGAUGCAGCGGUGGCUGUCAAGAAAUAG